GUGUUUUUUUUCGUCAGCAGGUUGAAAGUUUUAACUAGCCGGGACUCAUCUUCAGCUUCUCUCUCUCUCUCUCUAAAACCCUACUAACAAGCAGCUAGGAUUUUAGGUACAGAAUGGUGGCGAAGAGGAAGCAAAAGCAGAGGAUCAUUCUACCUCCUGAGCUCCCACCGGAGGUCUCAGAGGACGAAAUUGAAGUCUCGGACGAGGACAGGGACUUUGUCGAUCAAAACCGAGAAUACGCUGGCUUUCUCUCCACCUUAGACACCCAGUCCAUCAACAAGCAUGUUACCCGCGUUGCUGAUGUAAAGGAGGAUGCUUUGGAAGCUUUGUAUGAAAAGCGCUUAAAAAGGAAAUCCUUGCACAAAGAAAAAGAGGAUCCUGGGGUUCAAGUUGAUCGUGUAGAUGCUCUUCCUGUUAAAACCUUAGAUGGACAACUCUACUAUCGAACAGCAACGAAGGCAUCAAAAGCAUCUGAAAACGAUCCCACUGAAGAGGAAGCCAGUGGUGCUGCAGAUAAAAGCAUAGUUAAGCUGACAAAGGCUGAAAGGAGGGCAAAGCUUAAGAAAAGUAAGAAAGAGGCUAAGAAACAAGGAAAGGAGGCUGAACCUGAAGUCGAACAAACUCCACAAGAAGCAGUGCUGGCUGAGAUUAAAGAAGAUCUUACAACUGAAGAAGCCUUUGAAAGUAAGAAGAACAAACUUGCAGAGCUGGGAAUAGCGCUGCUUGCUGAUCCAGCUUCUAAUAUAAAAUCUCUGAAGGACAUAUUACAGAUCUGUAAAGAUAACAAUCAUGCCAUUGUCAAACUUGGACUCCUAUCUCUGUUGGCUGUUUUUAAAGACCUUAUUCCUGGAUAUCGGAUUAGGCUUCCUACUGAGAAGGAGCUAGAAAUGAAGGUCUCAAAGGAUGUUAAGAAAAUGCGGCUUUAUGAAUCAACACUGCUAUCUGUAUACAAGGCAUACCUGCAGAAGUUGGCAGCAUUAGAAAAGCAGUCCUCAUUUCAGCAUGUGGCAUUUCGCUGUAUCUGUACAUUGCUUGAUGCAGCACCCCACUUCAACUACCGGGAGAGCUUGUUAGGUGUUGUCAUCAGAAACAUAGGCUCCCCAGAUGAUGUUGUAAGGAAACUGUGCUGUUCUUCCAUCAAGUCACUGUUUACAAACGAGGGAAAACACGGUGGUGAAGCAACUGUGGAGGCUGUUCGAUUAAUUGCAGAUCAUGUGAAAGCUCAUAAUUGCCAAUUACACCCUGACUCUGUGGAGGUUUUCUUGUCUCUGUCAUUUGAUGAGGAUCUUGGGAGGGCUGCAAGAAAUGAUGAGAAACAUAAACCCCAAAGCAAGAAAAGUAAGAAGAAAAAGCAUUAUGAGGAGGCACGUCAAUUGAAGGAAAAUGACAAAAAAAGGAGUAGGCAAGAGUUAUUGACGAAGACAAGAGAGGAGGUUGCUGCUGAUUACAAGGCUGUUGCUUUGACCCCAGAUGUUAUGGAGCGGAGAGGAAUGCAGACAGAGGCACUUUCUGCUGUGUUUGAAACAUAUUUUCGCAUAUUGAAACAUACAAUGCAGUCAUCAGCUUCCAGAUCCGAAGCAAAUGCUAGUUUAUCUACUGGUGCAUCUGAGCCCCACCCUUUACUUGCUCCGUGUCUGAAAGGAUUAGGAAAAUUCUCGCAUCUAAUUGACAUGGAUUUCAUGGGGGAUCUUAUAAACUAUCUGAAAAAGCUUGCUUCUGGUGGUAGCGAUUCUGAGAAUACUUCAAAAUGUUUGACUGUAUCUGAGCGCCUCCGUUGCUGCAUUGUUGCAUUUAAAGUGAUGAAGAGCAAUCUUGAUGCCUUAAAUGUUGAUCUGCAGGACUUCUUUGUUCAGCUUUACAAUAUUAUACUUGAAUAUAGGCCUGGAAGAGAUCAGGGCGAAGUAUUAGCUGAAGCUUUGAAGAUAAUGCUGUGUGAAGAUAGACAACAUGACAUGCAGAAGGCUGCUGCAUUUGUAAAGCGUUUGGCCACUUUCUCAUUAUGUUCCGGAUCGGCAGAGUCCAUGGCUGCUUUGGUUACUUUAAAGCAUCUUCUUCUGAAGAAUGUCAAGUGCCGAAAUCUGUUAGAAAAUGAUGCUGGAGGUGGCUCAGUGUCAGGUUCUGUCGCUAAAUAUCACCCAUAUGCUUCGGACCCCAAUUUAAGUGGUGCUCUUGCUUCAGUCCUUUGGGAACUCAAUCUUCUAACCCAGCAUUAUCAUCCAGCUGUCUCAAGUAUGGCUUUAAGUAUAUCUAGCAUGAACACUGCUCAUAACCAGGUUUAUCUCUCUACCAUCUCUCCUCAACAAGCUUUCACAGACUUUUCCUUGGAGAGGCCAGAGUCUUUCAAGCCACCGAGUGACAUUAAAAAAUCAAAUAACAAAAGGAAAAGAGGAAGUGACCAUUCUGUAUCAGCUGUGAUCGAACCUUCUGCAGAUACAACUUCAAUCGACGAAGAUGAUGUGAGAAAGAAGCUUUGUGCUCAUUUCAUGCUUCUUCGUGACAUUAAGGAGAAUCAGAGAUUAAGGGCUGAGCUAGAUGGCACUACAUCAUCCAUACAACUAUAUGAAGAGUACAAGCAGCAAAAGAAAGAGGCUAAAAAGCCGAAAACAAAGAAAAGUAGAACUUUGUUGACUGUCAAGUAACAUUCUUGGUCUUGCAAGUUCCGUAGAAAAGUUUAGUGAAUUUGUUCAGUUGAACCUGACUCUCUCUUAGACCCUCAAAGAAAAAGAAAAAAGAAACAUGAAAAAUUGAAGAGGGUAAUGUGAAACGGGUCAGGAGAAAUUUUGAUUGUAACAGUGAUCUCUAUCGGCCUUCCAUUUCGGAUUCAGCUGUAAUAUUUUGCUCAUUCUAAAGAAUACUAAUUUUCAUGA